CAGAGGUGUCACAUAGAAACCAAUGACAGUGUGACAACCCGCAGGUGGCACAUUACAGAAAGACAUUAAUGCCCGGCAGUGUGAAGAAAUGGGCAGCAGCAGUACAAACCUCCCUGGCGGCACUCAUUCCCAUCUGGAUCUUCAGGAUUCCACUCUUACCAGUCUGGAUAAACCUCCAGAAGAGGGGACAUCUGGUUACUAUCUGCCAUUCUGCGAUAUGCUCUUUGGAGCUGACGGAGGUAACUGGGUAUCAAAAGGAUUAAUACCAGUUGGACAUCGGGGGGAAGUGCAAAAGGAACCAGAGCAAUGCCCUAUUAUAGACAGCCAGGGACUACACCAUGAAUUGGAAUAUCAAACCUCAUUACAUAUGGAAGAUCAUUCUUUGGAGCAAAUGCAGACUAUGGUAGUGGGGGAAGUGUUGAAAGACAUUGAAACUGCAUGUAAACUUCUCAACAUAUCAGCAGACCCAAUGGAGUGGUCCACAAGUAACGUUCAGAAGUGGAUCCUAUGGACAGAGCAUCAGUAUCGUCUACCACAAGUAGGACGUAGUUUCCAGGAUCUGAGUGGAAGAGACCUGUGCACUCUGAGUGAAGACAGCUUUAGAGACAGAUCACCAUUGUGUGGAGAUGUCUUAUAUGCCCACUUGGACAUCUGGAAAUCAGCGGCCUGGAUGAAAGAGAAGACAGGUCAAGGAGACAUGAGAUACUGUGGUGGCAGUGGGGUAGUGAGCGAGUGCUGGGCAGACUCCGAAGUGGAUUCCUCUAGUUCAGGGCAGCCUAUCCACCUUUGGCAGUUCUUAAAAGAACUUUUAUUGAAGCCACAUAACUAUGGGCGAUCCAUUCGUUGGUUGAACAAAGAGAAAGGUAUUUUCAAGAUAGAAGACUCUGCACAGGUUGCACGUCUGUGGGGAAUCAGAAAAAACCGACCAGCAAUGAACUACGAUAAACUGAGCCGCUCUAUCCGUCAGUACUACAAAAAGGGAAUAAUUCGCAAGCCGGAUGUAUCACAGCGCCUUGUUUAUCAGUUUGUGCACCCACAGUGAAGUGAUGAAGCAAUGAAGUGAAAGAGCAUGUAAAAAAAGAGGGCCUAAAAUGGCGCGGCAUACACACUGUCUAGCACGUAUACUGCCAUAUGAAUGGUCCCUUGCACUGCAAACUUUUUAAAAGCUGUGAUCACUUCAAAACAUUCCAAAAUAAAAAUAAUAUAGACAACAUCUAUAUUAUGAAAAAGUUCAACUUUUAAAUAAUAGACCUGCAACAAAGCAAAAUAAAAAAAACCUACAGAAUGUCUUGAUUUCAGACAUUUAAAGAAUACACAGCACAUAAUUGCUAAAUAAAGUUUGCUCUGUCACACUUUUUCUCAACUGGGAGUCACUGAUGUGAGACAUUGUGGACUCAUUGACCAGAGAGGACAAUGGGAGGUGGAAUCGGGCAGGACAGAUUGACACACAGCUUUUGUGGCAUACUAAAAACUUACAGAACACUGAGCAUGCCAGCUUUAUGUAAAAUCUUCUAGGACGCCAGCAACUUGAGCGCAGAUUAUCAAGACAAUUCAGUGAACUGUAGAAUAGAUUUGUGUAAAAGUUUUAAAGGUUUUUUUUUUCCCCAGCAAUUAUAUAUAAG